CUGGCUCAGCGAAUCUUUUUUUUCCGUGUGCCGUUUCGUUGGCCAGCUUCUUGGAUCGGUCUGGAGUAAUGACUGUGUUAACUGGUUUCAGUACAUUCACUAUAUUCUCACUAUACUGGGUAAUUGCUGUUAAUAAUUGCUACUUCCACACUCCUCUCUGACUCGCGGGCGACUGCCGACUGGCGACGCCGAGCGCGUCCCCCUCGGCCGCGGCUCUCCGCGGAGACAACACUGGAAGGGCGAUUUGUAUUAAAAUCACCGCCGGCAGGCCAAGCAGGCCCGGCCCCUGCCGAACGGAGUGCCCGGCGCAGCGAAGUGGAGCUGGCGGAGGGGGCUACACACAGAGUGUUUCUGGAAGUGUAGCGGUGUCAUAUUUCAUUGCGAUGAGUAGAGUGUUCUUUAUGGCUGUGUAGACUAGUGCUUUUGUGCAUUUCUCUUUCGUGGCGUAUAGGGUAAAUGAUCGACAAGGAAAUAAAAUUUUAUUUCACCUUUAAUGUCAUUGACUACAUCGCUUUCGUAAAAGUACAUUGUUUCAUACAAAACGCAUCGCUCUUCAGGUAAGGGUCCGGUGAAAAAAUUGCAAUUUUUGUACAAAUAUUCUUAAAUGAGUUUUCGCCGAAAAAAACAUUGUUUGGACCUCUCUCCUUUGGGUAAACCAUUUAAACUUCACAAAACAUCUUUACUUUUCUAUUUUAGAUCGGUCUGCCCAAUGGCUUUUCUGGCAUUUUCGACAAAAGCCUGUUGUUGAUAGAGUAUAUUUUGUGGAACUUUGAAAAACUUCUUGCGCAACAGGUUGUGAGGUAGUGUUUUCAAGGAUCGAUCAGUGAGUUUUUUCUCAAUUUCUUCUUAGAUUUUUUAUAACAGCUCUGAAAGUGGCCAAAACCGGCAAAAAACGUUAAUUUUUUUAGGAGACAUUUAAAAAAAAUUGUGGAUGCUGCCUGAAUAGAAAAAUUGCGAAUGUCUCACUGAUCAGACCUCAGAAAAAGAUUUAAAAAAACAGCUGCCAAUGCGUUGGGUCGUACUCCGUACUGUGUUGCGCAAGUAGUUCGCCAAAGUUGAGCUAUUUUAAACACUUAAAUUAGUGUAACUUGGGAACGGCUUGACCUACAGAGGUGAGAUUGUGGUCAAAUUUACUUUUCUUACAACCCCUACAACACACCUAAACAUAAAAUGUUUUACUCUAAAGCUGUAGAAAAACUUCAUUUCACCGGACCCUUACCUUCAGAGCUGCUCCUCUUCGUUAUCUCACGGAUAUAUAAAUGCGUGGACCUUGGUCCAGGGCGACAUUUCCCAUCCUACCCUGACCAGCGCGGCUGAGUAGCCCUGGUGCACCCAUUCCUCGACCAGCGCGGCUGUGGUUAGGUUAGGUUACCUUCAUCCACUCUGUCCUCUUUGCUUUGCGAAGAUGCCGAAGCGACCGUUGACACUGUCUCUCUCCAAGACCAAGCAGAAGCAGGCGACCUUGGCCCCGGGGAAGGAAAAGACCACCGACAUUGUCCCGAGGGAUGUGUUGCGGGACAUUGUCGAAGAAUUGGGUCUCACCAUGGAAGACUUUGAAGAGACUUGUACCGAAAUAUGUAACUCUGAUCAGAAGCCGCCGGAAGUGACCACCACCCCCUUUUUGGACCAAGGCCCUUCGUCGGUAGAAGCCCAACAUCCGACACCGGCGGCGGUCCCUGCGGGCACCCCCACUCCGGAAUCAACCAUUCCGACCGAUACUAUCGAAGACGAUGACGCAUUGGACAACUUUGUCGAUCCACCCGAAGGCAUGCACGUGCGCCCCAGAGAAGUGUAUUGGAAGGACUACCACCUGACUGACUCAAUGGGCAAGCACGUGCGAGUCGGUCUGGACUUGCCCUCCAUGACCCCGUAUGUGCUAUCCUACGGGUGGGGAAAAGCGGGGAAACAUCAAUUUCUUCGCCUUUCCCUGGAUGAAUUUUUCAUCCACAUUAAGAAUUCCAUCGCGGAGAGGAUAAGUUCGGGGUUCAUGUCCAUGUCCAGGGAGAUAUAUGGGCCGAGGGACACUUUUGAUGUCGGGGGUGUUACGAUCAAAUUUUUGUAUCUUAGCGGGGAGUGGGUGUUAACUAUAACGAGGAGAAAAAUUAACUCCGUUCACCAGCAAUUUUUGUCUUAAGUACAAG